CACACACAAAAUCCUGCAAUUUCUGUUUUUCUUUGUCAAUCCCGUUCUUUCUGAUUCCGUGUUGGUAUUGCAUUGGUGCCCUUCACUCUCUCACUCUCUCACUCUCUCCGUCUAUGUCUCUCUACUCUCUACUCUCUCACUUUACCCUAAAAAAGAGCCACUCAUUUUCUUCAUAAGCACCUCUCAAGCAGCAGUCUUUUCAGCCCAGGCUUUAAGACAGAGGGAGUGCGGGAGAGAGAGACCAUAGGAGAAGAGAGGGUCUGAAAUAGGAGUCCUAUUGGUUUCUCUUCAUUUUUGGGUUUUGGCCUUGUAUCAUAUCUAUUGUUAUUUCUUCUCUUUUUGAUUCUUUGGUUGAUAGCAGGUUUCAAUCUUUGUCAUCUGUAUGCACUCUCAUGAACACAGACUGAACAUACAGAUAAAACCCAACUCAAAAGCUUGAAUCUUUUUUGUGUUCUGGUUUGGUAGUGAAUGAGAUUUACUUAAUCCCAACUGAGGGAGGGAGAGAGAGAGAGAGAGAGAGAGAGAGAGAGAGAGAGAGAUUGUGUCCCCUUUUGUUCUUGUUGCAAUGGCACCCAGUUUUGACUGUGUAGUUUCAAGCCUGCUUUGCCCAGAAGACAACUUUUUUGAUGAUAAUGAUUUUGGGUCUUUGAGGGUUGAGGUUGAGUCAGAGGAGGUUACUUGGAAUCAUCAAAGAAACCGUGAUCAAAACCGGGGCUUUGAUCAUGAUGAAGAACAUGGGUUGUCAUUGCAGAGUAGUGAUGAGUAUUUGGCUUCUAUCAUUGAGAAGGAAUCACACCACUUGCCUCGUGUGGAUUACUUGAAGAGAUUGCAAAGUGGGGAUUUGGACCUUCGAGCUAGAAAUGAGGCUGUUGAUUGGAUUCAAAAGGCAAAUGCCCAUUUCAGCUUUGGACCUCUUUGUCAAUAUCUGUCUGUAAGCUAUUUGGAUCGCUUCCUUUCGGCCUAUGAAAUACCUAAUGGCAAAGCUUGGACUUUGCAAUUGUUGGCUGUGGCAUGUUUGUCCCUUGCAGCUAAAAUGGAGGAGAUUGAUGUCCCACUCUCCCUUGAUUUGCAGGUGGCCGAGUCUAAAUUUGUAUUUGAGGCUAGAACUAUUCAAAGAAUGGAGCUACUGGUUUUAAGCACAUUGAGAUGGAGAAUGCAAGCAGUUACUCCAUUCUCAUUCAUCGACUCCUUCCUCCUCAAGCUCAAUGAGGACCAAAUCCCACUUAAAGCUUCAAUCUAUAGAGCAGUUCAACUCAUUUUGAGCACAGCUAAGGGAAUUGUUUUCUUGGAAUUUAAACCUUCAGAGGUUGCAGCAGCAGUGGCCAUUUCUGUAGCAGGAGAAAGCAAAGCAUUAGAUCACACUGAGACAGCAGUCUCUGUGCUCAUCCAACAUGUAGACUUAGAAAAGGAGAGAGUGCUAAAGUGUGUAAGUUUGAUUCAAGAGGUGGGAUUAAUGAGUGGGGCCUUCAAGAAUGGUAGUGGUUCAAUGCAGUCUGUGCCACAAAGCCCCAUUGGGGUCUUAGAUGUUGCAUGCUUCAGCUAUAAAAGUGAUGAUCACACCACAGUUGGGUCAUGUGCAAAUUCUUUUCAUAAUGACUCCGAUACUAAAAGAAGGAAGCUAAACAGACCAUAUGAAGUGGAGUUAUAAAAGCAGCCAAGUAUGGGGUUUAGGGUUUCCAUUAAGUAGAGUGUUGUUGUGAUGAUGAAGGAAAAAUGAAUAGACAGGGUGCCUGAAGAAAAUAUGGGAGUGAACUGAGAACUAAAAGAUGAGAGGAAGGGAAUUGAAUAAGUUAGGUCAUGGGCUAAGGAUGGAGACUGGAAUCAAUAUGUCUCAUGCUUUUGGGAUGAAGAAGAACCUCUCCAGCUGUUAAAUAUUAGACUUCUUAACAGCAAGAGGCUGUGAGUAGAGAAAAGGAGGGGAAGGAAGAACUAAAUGGGGAGAAUUUUAUAAAAGCUGGUGAUGUUUUGUGAGAGAUAUGGUUUGUUUUUAUGUUUUGGGUGUUUUAUUGGUUUAGGAAAAGAGAAAAUAUGGAACAGAGAAAAAAGUAUUUAUAUGAUUGCAGGAAUUUAUAUAAUUCUUAUGUUUCUUUCUUUGUCAGUUCAUGCUUUUUACUUAUUUUUGUGAAUUUAAUUUUAGUGUCAGGAUGACCUGGUUGUGCUUUGGUUCUGUUUGACUGA